GCACGUGUUACCUAUAUUGUGCGAGGCGUAGUAUUUCGUUGUAGUGUUGACUUUGAAAAAAUUAAUAAAAAUGCCUAAAGUUAGAGCUGAAAAAAAGACCAGACAGCACCAAGAGGUCAAAAACCAAGGGGUUAUGUUCAACACUGGCCUUGGUCAACACAUCUUGAAGAACCCCCUGGUUGUCAAUGGGAUUAUUGAAAAGGCUGCCCUCAGGCCGACAGAUGUGGUGUUGGAGGUGGGACCUGGUACAGGAAAUAUGACUGUCAAACUGCUCGAGAAAGCCAAGAAGGUAGUGGCCUGUGAGUUGGAUGGUAGGCUGGUGGCUGAGCUCCAGAAAAGAGUGCAAUGCACACCCAUGCAAGCCAAACUACAGAUCCUGGUGGGGGAUGUACUGAAAACAGAGCUGCCUUUCUUUGACGUCUGUGUUGCCAAUUUACCCUAUCAGAUUUCAUCUCCCUUCGUCUUCAAGUUACUUCUGCACAGGCCUUUCUUCAGAUGUGCAGUGCUGAUGUUCCAGAGAGAAUUUGCAAUGCGUCUGGUUGCCAAGCCUGGAGACAAGCUGUACUGUAGGCUAUCCAUCAACACUCAACUGCUAGCUCGAGUGGACCACCUCAUGAAGGUGGGGAAGAAUAAUUUCCGUCCUCCUCCUAAAGUAGAAUCGAGUGUUGUCAGAAUAGAGCCUAAGAACCCACCACCUCCUGUUAAUUUCCAGGAAUGGGAUGGUCUCGUCAGAAUUGCAUUUGUAAGGAAAAACAAAACCCUGAAUGCCGGUUUCAAGUCUACUGCAGUAGAGCAGCUGUUGGAGAAGAAUUACAGGAUUCACUGUUCGGUGCACAACGUGGAAAUCCCUUCAGACUUCAGCAUCACCAAGAAGAUUGAGAGUGUUCUGCAGGAGGCAGAGUUCAGCGAGAAGCGAGCCCGGAGCAUGGACAUAGACGACUUCAUGGUACUCCUACAUGCAUUCAACUCUGCUGGGAUCCACUUUUCCUAACCAGUCAGACUGUGCUGCUGAGGGCCGCAGCAGGAACACAUUUACAACAGUGCUCUGUAAUGAACAGGACGUGGACAAUGCCAUUGAAACAACCGUGGCUAAACAUCUAGACGUCAUGUGAUUGAUGGAGUGGAACUCCACACAGCAGCGUCUUCACUGGGACUUUUCAAUGAAAGCGAGUGCUGGUGAUCGGUGAGGGUGACCUGCGUUGUUCAUGUAAUGCUUAUACAUAAAACGGGAAAUAAAACCCCCUGUUGUGAGGUUUCUAAGCAUUACAUGGUAGACUUGGUCAUCACAAAGCAUCAACUGUAGCUGUUGUUUGCUUGGAUUGAAAAAUAUAUUUGGCAGAUGUUUGAUU